ACUGCCCACUAUGGCGCUAUGCAGAUUCUUCCAGCAGGGCUACUGCAAGUUCGGCAAUAGCUGCCGUUAUGAACACGCAAAUGCUGGUGGCAACCGUAACCAGCCCUCCUCCAACCGCUUUGGAUCUCUCGGAGGAAACAACACCAGCGGAGCCGAUGCCGCCCUAUCAAAAUAUAACAUAUCAGCCGAUGUCAUUGAGAAGGACUUGACGACCGAAGCGCCGCAAUGGAUCCUCUCGGCCUACGCCCCGGGGCGAGACGCUCCAGACCAGCUCUUUGGAGGAUACCCUCGAGAACAGAGUUUUGAAGAACUCAGGCUCCAUUACAUGGUCGGAAAAGCAUCAGGGAAUGAGCAGCAAGCUUUGAACGAAGCGCAACAACUAUAUCAAAAUGCGAAGCAGCAAAUGGAUAAUGCGGCGCGAAAUCCGAACGAGGCGGCACAAUUCAUCGUCGGCGGAGAAAACCGACAUCCGAAUAGACAUGACAUAUGCAGGGAAGGGACACAAGGUGCGCCGUUUGGAGAAUUUUUGGUGGGAAAGAGACCGAACCCAGCUGCAAACGCAUUUGGGGGAAACACUUCUAUGACGACGACCACAAGUGCUUUUGGACAGCCGUCUGCCCUGGGACAGCCGUCUAACCCGUUUGGCCAGCCCUCGCAAUCUACAUUCGGUCAGCCAUCUCAGCCCACAUCGGCAUUCGGACAACCGACCCAAGCAACUUCGACCUUUGGUCAACCAUCCCAGCCAACAUCAGCCUUUGGCCAGCCGUCUAUGCUUGGGGCUAAGCCUAGCCCGUUUGGUGCCCCAGCGUUUGGUCAAGCAUCUCAGCCAAACACUCAGAGCAAUCCAUUUGGUCAGUCACAACCGCAGCAGACUCAAGCAAGUGCUUUCGGCCAGCCUAGUCAACUUGGCCAGAAGCCGAAUCCAUUCGGGUCUUCAACGAGCGCGGCACCGAGUGCUUUUUCAUCAGCGGGCAACAACGCUGCGCCAGCUGCCAACCUUUUUGGUGGCUCAAGUAUCAGCCAAGGCGGUACUCCAUCAAGUCCCUUUGGAUCAACCACUGCGAGCCAGCCUAACAACGCCUCAAACCCCUUUGGCCAGUCGACAGCUUCAACUGCCUUUGGACAACCAUCUGCUCCUGCCGCUAAUCCAUUUGGAGCCGCACCACAAGGGCCAGCCUCAAAUGCUGCCAAUCCGUUUGGCCAACAGACUUCCCAGCAGCAAUCACCAUUUGGGGCACCGACGAACCAGAGUUCUGGAACGAGCUUUGGGCAGAACAAUGCAAACUCGUUUGGAAACCAACAGCCUGGUGCAAAUCCAUUUGGCCAGGCUCAGACAAAUGGUGCCCCUUCUCAACCCAAUCCCUUCGGUGCGAAUCAGCAGCCCCAAGCAGCCGCAGGUGGCAACAACCCUUACCCACCGAGUAGCUCAAGACAACAUCCACCUAUUGAUAGCUACAGCUCAAAGUCAAUGGAUGGACGGCUUGCUCAAUUCAAAGGGAAGCCUGUGACUUACAAAGAUGGGCAGCCUGGUAUCCAGGAAUUCAAUGGUACCUGGACGCGGAUAUGGUUUCCCAACGGCCCUCCAGGAUAUAAUAGGGAUACUGAGCUGUCCCUGGAAGAAUACAGCGAUGCAGCAAAGACGCAAUGGAAUAAAUUUGCACAGACGGGGGCAUUUGCCGAUGGGCUAAUGCCAGAGCUCCCACCACCAAGAGUAUGCACACGCUGGGAUUUUUAA